CUCUCUCUUUCUUUCUUUCUUUCUUUCUUUCUUUCUUUCUCUCUUUCUCUCUCUCUCUCUCUCUUUCCCCUCUUCCUUCUUUCCUUUCUUCCCCUUCUCUCCCUUCUUUCUUUCCUUGAGCUAACCAAGGAAGGCACUUUUGAAGAAGCAUAGUUUGAAGUGUUAAACAGUUGAUUUAUGCAGGGUAGCAGUUUCGAACUACCUAUGAUGCUUUUGUUUCUGUCAUUUCCAUAAAGCUGUCAUCAGUGACAAUUAAAUAUAAUCAGCUUGAUACCACAAGAUAAUAUGUUGUUGUUGUUUUUUCUGUGUUCCUGUGUUUAUUUGAAGAAGACUGGGUGUAAUUGGUGUAGCUAACAUUUAGCGGUUCUUGUAGUAGUCCAGAUGAGCAAAACAGGUGGUAAUUCAGGGGGUUGGAUGUUGGUGCCCUCUCGUGGACACAAAGCGAAACUUGCUUUUACAAAGUUUAAUAUGGAUGCAAUCCGUACGCGUUCUCUUGAUUUCUGCACUGAGAGGCAGCUAUUAACUUUCCCAUCAGUUUUCUGGGGAUCGCAGGUUACACCUGAAUAGCUUUGGGCACUAGCUGAUGGCUCCCUGACAUCUAUUAAAAUCUUUUUUUUAUUGCUACAAUUAAAGAAAUGUAUAUAUUCUUUAGAUAGAGGUCCUGAAAGAGUAGUUUAUGAUAAAAGCAACUCUUGAAUGCUCUAGUCUAGCACAAGUAAGGGUUUUGCAUAUAAAGAGCUUAAUUUUAUGCGCCGCUGUUUACAUGUUAUGCACUUUUUUUUAAAAAAAUGGAUUAUAGAGGAAUUUGCAAACUCAUUCGCACAGUUCAUAGUUAGGCAACCCUUUUCUUAGUUCAACUGAACUGCUGCUAAAAGGUAUACAAGUUUCUAAGAUCUCUAGGAAUAGUCAGGCUAAACAUAUGAGAAAAAAAGUAAACAAGAAAUUGCUGUUUAAAGCACUUUUCCCUUAAACCAAUUUCUUGAGCUUUUGUGCUAAUAGCCUUGCGCUAUUAUCUUUCACUAGGUCAGUGUUUCUUUCAGAUAUGUGGACUUCAGUUCCCAGAAUUCCCCAGUCAACAGGCCCACACAAAGUUGCUGAGACCGGCUUAAGACUGCUCUUAAGUUCAGCUACCUGCCCGAGCCUCCUUAACAGCUCGGUCGUCCGUCUCAGUUUUACCUUGUGUGUCUAGUUUGGUCUGUCCAAACUAAUCUCCCCUCCUGCCUUCUGGCUUCACACAGCAACAAGGUUUUCUUCCAGAAUUCUCUCUCUCUCUUGGUGCAUCGCAAACCUGUUGAUCCACGACUGAAGGUUAUGAAUGAUUCUCCUGGAAGGCUUUGCGGGGAAAAAAACACUUUACAUUCAAGAAGGGAGAGGCUCCUGACAUGGACUAUGCAUGACGGUAUCGUGUCACUUCGAGUACCGGAGGCCACUGCUGAGAAGCGUAAGUGGUGUGUUCAUUUGUGAGCUUCUCAGAAACAGCUAGUUGGCCACCAUGGGGCAAGUGAAACCUGGAUUAAAUGAGGUUUAUUUUUUCCCCUGAUCCAGCACAUCUGUCUACUCUUCAAAAUGUUUUUCUAACGAAUGCUUCUCCGCCCAACUUUUAUUUUCAGUUGCCUUUCUUUGAAGUGAACGGCAGAGGCCCCAGAACCACGUGAAGGCUGCCGGCAGAGGUGUCAAACCACAUCCCUGCCUUGGUCUCCCGAAACUUGUUGGUCCUGCCUUUCUUCGCUCACCUUUUUCCCGAUCCAGGAGUGGCAGCUGGACUCUUUGAGAUUUCGUAGCUGGCGGUUUCACCUUCCUGCAUGCCCAUCGCAAGGAGAUCGUUCAGAGACCGUCCCUCCGAAGAAAACCAGUCUGGGAAGUUUGAUCAGGAGAAGAGGGCUUGGGGAUUAACCAGAGUCUUGUGGGAAUGAACGAUGACGGAGACCAUGGUUGACGCCAGCAAGGAGCACAUGGGAGCGGGGUCUCAGUCGGAGGAAACGGCAGGGCGAAAACCCAGCAGUCGCCUCCCACUUCUGGACAGGCUCUCGGCCACGCGUGGCAUUUGGGAGCUUCUGGAUGUCCAGCCAGAUCAAAUCGAGAGGCUGCUCUCGUCACACCAACCAGGGUCAUUCAUCGUUGCUAGAAAUGGGAACGCCGCCGCCAAAACACUUUUCCUCCGUUUACCUGAAAGUGACAAUAAGAUGGUUGACCUUUUUCCUCUUGAAGACCAUCCAGCCCUUCAUCUCAAAGGCUCUCAGUUGUAUUUCAGAAACCUUUUGGAACUGGUUGGCUUUCACUUUGUGAGCAGGGAUAUCCUGCCCUGUUUGCUCAGGAUCCCCCAUGUCUUUCACCUUCCAGCUGAUUUAGAUGCAGUUGCCACCUUGGGCCCAACGUUCUGGGCGAUGCCUCGUAAACCGACCAACGGCCAGGCCUCAGACGACGCUGAAGCCAGCUGCAUGGAACCCAACGGGGACCUGCUGAAAUCCAAGCAGCUUUCGUGCUCCAUCCGCGUGACGUCCGAGGACGCCGCCCUGUGCAUCGUGAACCCCCUCUUUCUUUCCGUGCACAGCGACAUCGAGUGGCUCGACCUGGCCCCAGGCCUCUACCACUCGAGACGCAAGCGGGGGUCCCUGCCGCUCGCCAAUGGCACAGCGAGGCAAGAAGCCCCAGUUAGUCUGGAACGUCUCAAGUCUCAGGAAGAGAAAGAGAAGACGGGGAAAGACCCUCCGUCCUGCUCAGCCUCUGCGCAAGGGGAUUUCCUUCCUCGCAGGCCAUCCUGCAAGAGUCCGGAAACCGAGGCCCGGCCGUCCUGGUCCCCCACGGCAUCCCGAAAGGAGACCCGCUCUCCCCACCGUGUUUCCUGGGUGGAAGGGAUCUCGGCCGACGCUUUCCCCUGCUUGAAAAAGGCCCGGUCCGAAUCCUUGUUGCUGAACGACUCCCUGUUGCUGCCUCUCAUCCCGGAAUUGGACUCGCUCUCCAUCAGCAGCAUGGAGGACGAGGGCGAGGGUCUCCCUCCUGCCACCCCCUCCCCACAGAAGAGACGGCGCCCCUCCUCCGUCACCUUCACCCACAAAGUGUUCCAUCGUCUCUCGGCCAUGAGCAGCGCCCUGACCGGCUUCCUCUCGCUCGAACGCCGGGUGGCCAAGCGGGUGCAAGAGCUGGUCCAGGAUCCCAGCUCGGACGUGGGAGGCCUGGUGCAGAACUUUGUGGAGCACAUCCAGCAAGGAGCCCGGUCCCGGCACCCCACCAGCACCGAGCUGCUGCAGGAGAUACGGCACAUGAUCACCAACCUGAAGGGCUACCUGGUCGAAAGUUCAGAGCUGCGCGCCGCCAUCUACUGCGAAUAUGUUGACGCCGAAGAACCGGAUCUCGGUUCCGUGGUGGAAGACGCCCUUUGCAAAUGCAUCCUGAAGCCGCUGAGGGAUACGAUUUACGCUCAGUUGCUGGGCUUCCACACCGAGGAUGGGUCUCUGAACCGUUUGCGUGAAAAUCAGCUGACUUUGAGCCAGCAAAGCUUGGAGGAGCUGGGAGUGGCAGCCGGGGUGCCCGACGGGCCUUGCCUGGAGCGUAUCCAGGCCAAGCUGAGCCUCCUGCACCAGGCAUACUCGCCCAAGAAGAAGGAGGCCCACAUGCUGAAGGUCUGCAAGAUGCUCUACGAGGCCAUGAACCUCCACCGCGAGAAGGCAGUGCCGUUUGGUGCCGAUGACUUCCUGCCGGUUCUUAUCUACAUGCUGGUGCGCUGUGAUGUGGUGUCCGUACAGUUGGACGUGGAGUACAUGAUGGAAUUGAUGGAUCCCAAUCAGCUUCAGGGAGAAGGGGGCUACUACCUCACCACCUGGUUCGGGGCCCUCUACCACAUUGAAAACUUCCGAGCGGCUUUUACCAUCACCAGGCAGAUCAGCGUGGAGGCCCAGCGCUCCAUCCAUCAGUGGCAUCGCCGGCGUACCAUCCAUCACCACCAUCGCCGCAAUUUGCAGCACACCCUCUACGUCUCCUUCCACGAACCCUUCAACAACCAGAAGAUCGUCUCCGUUCCGCCCGACAUGACCACGGCGCUGGUCUGUGCCGCCUGCGCAGAGAAGUAUGGCGUCUCUGACGGUGCCGCCUAUGGCCUCUUCUUGGUAUCGGACAGCUCCACGCAACUCUUGCCGGAGGACAGCUGUCCCCAGAAGGUCCGUGCAGACCUCCUCCAAAGAGAGGGCAGCGUCAAUUUUGUUUACAAGCCCAAGAAUAGCACCCUGCCUGCCGCUGGUUCCGGUCUGCUCCGGGAGACUGUCGACUUGACCGAGCCCCGUAACAAGCCUCUGGAAAGGGUGGGGAUGGAGCAUCUGGAAGCGGAUUGACUAUGGCCACGGACCUUCCUGGUCUUCUGGGUUGGAUGAAGUUUCCCACUUGGCCAAAAUCCAGAUAAAGGCCGAGUUUCCGAGGACUAAAGACUAAAACCAAGACUGGCUUAAUGUCAGAGCUGCCUCAACUUGACACCCUCUAAGAAAGGACAAUCCUUAACUCCGUUUGUUUACAAAGGUGUAGUUCGCUUAGACGUCAAGUCUAAACGGCAGCCGUGCAAAGCCAGAACUGAAAAUUGUGUGCCAUCAUUCCCAAGUCUAACUUUCCUCCCUUUAGGUACAUCCCCUUGCUCGCACACACAAACACACACACACACACCACUGUCCAGUUAAAUUCAAAGAAGAUAUUUUCAGAACGGUCGCUUUGAUACGCAGCUGUAUUCCGUUCCCCACCCAGUCGACCUUGAAACCGUGUCCUGGGGGAGAUACGGUCAGCUUUUCAUUUUCCUUCUAUCCUGCCUCCUCCCAUGCAGUCUUCCCCCCCCCCCCCCCCCCCCCAAGAGUUCAUGGCAGCCUGGCACUGAGCGAUAGCAAAAGACAAGCCUGAAGUGGCAGCUGGCACGAGGACUACGGAGAAGAAAUCUCUUGAGCGGAAGAUCUUGAAGUGCUGAAGUUCUCACCUUGGUGGCAGUGGCUGUCGUCAUCCCUAAAACUAGUAACGGGACAGGAAUGAACCGUUGUUAAAGUUGCUCUAACUGUCCUCCUCUGGGUUCCUCCCCACCCAAAGUGAGUUUCCCCGACCAGCCUAACGCGAACCGGCCCAGAGGAACUGGGAGAGAAACCGCAAACUGGGUCACCAACUCCAGGCUGUGAAGGUAUGCGCUACUUUUCACGCGUAACUCUCCCCUUUUGCUCAACUCUUUAGUUGCCACCUCUGGUCAGCUCCCGCAGAGCCUUGAAAGUUGGCCCUGCGUCUCCACGUACAACCCGAGUACAUUUCGCUCCACGCUCCGUGUGGCUGGCUGGAAAGGCCUUUUCGCCCAGCCACAAGAGGCUUAUCAGUUGGAUUCUGGAAAAGUCCAUUAAACAUCCUGGUUUGAAUUUUACAUGUCACCUUUUGAAAACACGUCCUUUUCUGACCUUGCGACCUGGUGUUUCCUCAUCCGCCGUCCUCCGAGAGAAUGGGAGCCACGUCUGUGAAUU